AUGCGGCCAAGAUUGAAAAUGAGAUCGGAGACUUUCAGAAACUUCUCGUUAGCAACGCAACCAGGGCGGCAACCCUUCGUUGGUUUCAGCCUGAGACGCGAUCCGGGGAAUCUAUCGACGACGGGAGACUGUUCCGUGGGUGCGAUUCUGGGGACGACGGGAGAAGCUAUCGGCGACCCUUUGUUGGAUUUUGGCUAUCGGCGACGCGUCCUGGGCGGGCAACCCUCCAACAUUUUUUUUUAA